UACAACUUUUCCGCAGCUCAAUAAGUUCUCAAUAAGUUGUCGAGGAUCACUCACACGAUUCGAUAGUCUCGCAGAUUUUUGAACACGGAAGUAUGCAGAACGCAACGUCGCAUAUCGAUCGCGAGUGAUUCAAGGGAUUAGGUUGUGACGUGUGGGGUUUUAUCGAUAAAUCGUCAAUCUCGCACUGUAGAACAAAUUCGUUGGGCUAUAAAUUUCCUGUAAAUUUACAAGACAUUUAGCGCAACCAUGAACGGCCCAAGAACCGCAAUCCAAUCCUUUUACAAAGACAAGGUCAUUUUUGUCACCGGCGCUUCCGGUUUCAUGGGGAAAGUACUCUUGGAGAAGCUACUGUACAGCUGUUCCGAUCUCGAUAAAAUCUAUAUCCUCAUACGAGUCAAGAAAGAACGCAGUAUUGAACUUCGGGUCGACGACAUGUUUAAGCUGCCCAUGUUUCGCAGAAUAUGUCAGGAGAAAAGUCACAUGUUAAAGAAGGUAAAGCCGCUGGAGGGCGACAUAAGUUUACACAAUCUGGGGCUUACCGAUAAUCAGCGGGGAACGUUAAUAAACGAGGUGCACAUAGUAUUCCACUUUGCCGCGAUUCUUCAAAUGCAGGCAAAAUUGAAGGACUCCGUCGAAUUAAACAUGAUCGGCACAAGGAGGGUAUUGGACUUGACUAAGCAGAUGAAACAUUUGCAAGUGUUCUUGCACCUAAGCACUGCUUUCUGUCACGUCGAUCAGAUGGAACUUACCGAAGAUGUCUACGACGCCCCUCAUGAUCCAGACGACAUUAUUAGACUCGUUCAGUGGAUGAAUGAGAGGACCAUUGAUUUGAUUACACCUCAAUUAUUGGGUUUGCAUCCGAAUACUUACACCUACACGAAAUGUUUGGCCGAAACGCAGGUGGCCAGAGAAUAUCCCAACCUCCCUUGCGUCAUCGCCAGGCCGUCGAUCGUAACUCCUGCCGUCAAGCAGCCGUUGUCGGGAUGGGUCGACAAUCUGAACGGUGUAACGGGGAUAUUGGUUGCUGGGGGCAAGGGUCUCCUCAGAACGAUGCUUUGCAACACUCAGAACCGCGCUGAAAUCAUACCAGUCGACUUUGCGAUUAAUUCCAUAAUUGGAAUUAGCCACAAAGUGGCUACCCAAGAGAAACCGAAAAGUAUACCAGUUUACAAUAUAACGCAGAGCGGCAUAUUACCGAUAACGUGGGGCGAGUUAUUGGGAUUAGGCAGAAACCUUAUUUAUCAGUAUCCCUUCGAAGGACAGCUUUGGUACCCGGGCGGCGAUCCGCGUACUAACAAAAUUGUGCAUUACCUGUUGGUCUUCUUUUUCCACAUCAUCCCUGCGUAUUUGUUCGACUUUCUGAUGUUGAUAUUUCGGCAAAAAAGAUUUAUGAUCAGAACCCAAAAGCGAAUUUCAAACGGCAUAACGUUACUGCAAUAUUUCACUAUGAGGGAUUGGGCAUUUGACAAUACCAAACUAUUGAUUAUGCGCGACGAAAUGUCGCCAGAGGACAAGAAGACUUUUCAAAUGGAUUUGGAACUAUUGGACAUAAAUGAAUAUGUAAAGAUUUUUAUUCUUGGGACACGACAGUACUGCAUGAAAGAGAAUUUGUCUAGUUUGCCGAAAGCUCGUCGACAUCAGGCAAGAAUGUACAUUGUACAUCUCUCCAUGAAAUUUCUCUUCUACUUUGGCAUACUGCACCUCAUUUACAAUAAUUUGGAGAUAGUAAGAUACGGCCUGGACUUCGCUACCCAACAGAUGUAGUCAUUGCUGAUCGCAGGCAUCGUCGUGAAAAACGUUCAACUUUGAUACUCACUGGCACGUUCAAUUUCCGCCAGUACAGAGACCGGUAUAAGCUAGCUUUAACACCUGAAGUUACAUUCUAGAGCUGAAGUUACUUUCUAGAGCUAAUAAGUAUAUUUUUUACCCAAAAACUGCCAAGAGAAGCUUACCAAAACAAGCGCUCGCGUCUCACAAAAAAGCUAGUCCUGCCCAGUUCGCAAUUAGAUGCAUUAAAAUUUACCAAUUGAUACGGAUAUUACAAAUUAAUUACAAAUAAAUAUAUAUAAAUAAUAAAUAACGUAUUAUAAGCAAUAUAAUAUAUUAUAUAUAAGCUGACGUCAAAAGCUAGCAAUUUGAGAUACUAAAUAUUUUGGUUUAUUUGUGGAAGUCCAGACUUAAAAACACUUGACGUGCUCAAAAUAUACACAAACGUGUUAAAACACGUAUUUUAAUCAAUUGUACACUUUAUAUCUGGUGUGUUAAAAUAUUUUACAGAUUUAGAAUGAAGAUUGAUAUUUUUCUAAAAGCUUAUACAUAGGUCGAAUCCGUAUUGUAUACUAAGUUUUUCAGGUCUCGAUUUUUGAAAUUACAACAUUGAAGAAGUUUUUAAACAAUGUUAUAUUUUAAGAUUUAACAAUAUUAUAUUUUUAGAUUUAUAUUCCAUAAAUGUGUGUGUGUAAAAUGUUUUACAUAUAUAUACAUAUAACGAUAUUUCCUUUUGUGUAGUUCUAUUCGUAUAGAAAAACGCGUGAAUUAUUUUCACUUGGCCUAAUUACAUGAUACCGCUCUUUUUGUAGAAAUUAGAAAUUUAAAAAAUAACAUUGUUAACAUUUUUAGAUGUGUUUUUUUAUAAAUAAAAUAUUUUUAUAGAAGCAUUAGCUUCUAUACGGUUCUAUUUGUGCGAACUUGUGCGUUAACUAGACAUCUUUUUUUACCUUUUUCUAUAUAAAAGGUAGGUCUGUAACACAUAUCUUUAUCACAUAAGACAUCAUAAGACAUUUUUUAUAAAUAAA